CGUUUAAAAAAAAAACAAGAUAAAAAUGGAUAAAAGUUAAAUCCAGAAACGAUAACCUUCUAAAGCAAACGUUUACAAAAAUGUUCUGUUAAUUAUUUAACUACUUUGUUAAUUUUAACAAAGUUAUCAUUCAAUAUCCUUAAUUAUAAAAUGAAAAAAAGCAUAUAUUUUUAUUUACGUGGAGCAAAAAUAAUCAGUAUCGUUCUAUCUGUUUUUGUAACUGCGUCCAUCUUCUUCAUUUUCAUCGAAAUUCAAGAACUAAAAAUAAAAAGUGAGUCUCAAUUAAAAAUCAACAGAAACGUAGCAUUAGUGACGACUGCUAUAAGUUUAAUCUCUACCGUGAAUAAAGUAGGAAAAGAUAAAAAGUCGGAAGAAAAAGAUGCGCUUUUACAUAUUAUAAUUGAUUCUGUUGAAAAAGAUAAUUCAACACUGUAUACAACACUGAUAUUAAUAUCUUCGUUUGUUAACCACAAAAGCAGAAGGAACACGAUUCGGGAAUCAUGGGGUAAUUCUUCGAACUGGAAUACAGAACAAAAGUAUUUAUUAGUAUUUGUUGUAGGAAGGGUAAUGAAUACAAACUCUAUGAUCGAAAUAGCAGAAGAAGCAAAACUACAAAAAGAUAUUCUUUAUUUAGAUGUCUUUGAAGACUUUUACUUGCUAACUAAAAAAGUAAUCAUAGGAUUCAUCUGGGCCAAACAUAACAUAAACUUUAAAGCUCUUCUAAAAGGCGACGAUGAUACCUUUAUGAACUUGGACAACAUCAUGAAAUUUGUUCAACAUAAUGAGGUAACGGACGGUUACUUUGGAAAUAAAAUAGAUCGUGCAUACGUAAAGCGUAGUGGUCGAUACCAAGUAACAAAAGAUGAACGAAACGAAAGCAACUACAAUCCAUACUGUUCCGGAGGAGGUUUUAUAUUAACAAAUUCUAGCGUUUACAAAAUGAUACCAAUAUUCGAUUUAAAAAAAAUAUUUCGAAUAGACGACGUUUUCAUAGGAGAAGUUGCCCUUAAAGCUGGAAUACAAGUACAGAGUGCGAAAGGUUUUUACAUGUAUAAUUCUUGGUGUGAGUAUAAAAAAGAUAUUAUGGUCUCACAUCCUUCAAUAGAUUCCGAAUGUAAUAGUUUCCUACUGAAAAGAUCUAUGAUUGACAAUGGAAAACUGCCAAGGAAUAUAGAGUUGGAAAGCACGAGAUGUUACAAAAAUAUUAAAGAAUGUAUAAAUUCUUAAACUUAAGUCAAAAAAUUUCACUUCAAGAUACACAUCAAAAAAGAUUUUGUAACUUUACUUACAAUUUAAAUAUAUACAUAACUCAGAGUUUCAUAAUUUGCACGAAACUCUUAGUUAUGUUGAAAAUAAA